AUGUGUACUUGGACCUUCUAUUUAGCGUCAAGCUAACGCUAGCAGCUAAUAUGGUUCGGUCAGAAGUACUGUAUUGUUAUAUUUCAAUGAGGAAUUAAUUUAGCGUGCCACAUAUAAUGGGAAUAUCCACGAAUUAUUUUACAUUCAUAAUGUAUUCUACCACACGGAGAAAGGCUUUCAUCUCGAGGGACCGAGACAGUAGCAUGAUGACUCAAAUUGACCAGAUAUGUCCUACCUCCACCACCUCAGGAGUAACCCCUAGAGAGACCUCCCUUCAGGGCAAGAGAGGAGUCACUCUUAAAAGAAGCCACAGUCCACCAAAGAACCACAGGAGGGAUGAGAUGGAUUGUCUGAGAAGGUCUAUACCACAAACCAUUUUCAUUCGGCUUGAGGAAAUGACAUCAUACUUGAAACUUUUCGAUGAUCAUCUUAUCCACAAUUUUUUGUUGAUGGACCCAUGCUGUAAAAUGACAGACAAGUAUCUCCUGGCCAUGGUUUUUGUGUACUUCAAAAGGUCACAUUUGACCAUUGCUGAAUACACCAAGAAGAACUUUUUCAUUGCGCUGCAUCUUGCCAACACGAUGGAGGAAGAGGAACAGGAAAGUAAAUGUGAGAUUUUUCCUUGGGCGCUGGGUAAAACCUGGAGGAAGAAGUUUCAACAAUUUCUCAAACAGAGAGACCAGCUUUGGGCGCGCAUUGACUUCAGAGCUGCUGUAAGCAGGCGUUGUUGUGAAGAGGUGAUGGCCAUCAUGCCAACUCAUUUUGUGUGGAAACGAGAGCGCUCAGAGCAACACAGUGGUGCUCACAGGCAUUAUGAGGAAAGAAACAGAGUCCGUCUUCCCCGCGGUCCUACAGCCUCUCCAGUCGCUUGCGCUCACUGUAACAGAAAGAGCACAUUCAAUCACCAGUUGGUGCUCUCUUCUGUACCCGGAAGUUUCUCUGUGCAAAGCUACAACUCUACACUCCCUGUAAUUACUCAGUUCAAUUUGAAGAAAAUCCCACCUGGGGCCACUAAAGCACACGGGCGACGGAUCUGAGAGCAGUGACCAAGCAUUUUUGGUUUACAUGAGGUACCUAGUAAGUGCCUUAACUGGAUCUACCCUUACUAUUUUUGUUCAAAUGUGCUAGUGGAGAAUACAAAAAGUCUUCUUAUUGUGAUUCAUGUUAACUUGGGGUCGAAAUAGCAGUAGGCAACUUCUAUUUGUGAAGCAGCUAAAAUAACAUUUUCUCCAUGACCUGGGCCAAAGAGCAGGAGGUUAAUAUGGUAACACUUCAGGGGGGACAACCUAUAGUUGUGCAGCCAUUUAUUAAUCCUACUGGUUAUUGUAUUAUAGUACAGAGUCUACAGACCAUAAUCUGUCCAUCCUCGGUUCAAUCUACCUUUCAUCCAAAAUGUGCCAAAAUAGGCUUCAUUUUUUUCUUCUGCUGAGCCUGAACAGGAUUAAGAGUGUUAUUAUUUUUUUCCCAGCCAUAGUAAUAAGUAUAGCCAGACACACUCAUGAUGUCCAAUCCAAGAAUUUAAUGAGCUAUUCAAUGUUGGAUGAAAAGAUUGUAUACAAACAUUCAGGACAAUAAUUGACAUAAAAUAUAUUCGUAUAGUGAAGGUAGUUUACAAUUGACAAGUUGUCGGAAAGCAAAAUGAAGUAGUAAAACAAUAAAUUACCAAAAGACUGAGGAUUGUAAAUUCAAUUUUUUUUAUUGACGCUUUAUGUUCCCUGAUAGGCUGUGCAUCUUGCAGUCUUCCAUACUUGACUACUGUAUUCUGUUGACUGAAACAACGAUGACUAGUCUCAUGACAUCAGCCUCGUCUCAUUCCCAACUUUUUUCAAUAUUCUACCCUAGGGACACUUCUACUUUAAAGCUAAUUUAUUUUACCAGUAUAUCACUAUUUGGCCGUCAGUUGGCUUUAUGAACAAAUGGGUGUACAGAUUGUUGCCUGUGUAACACCCAACAAUAUGGUUGGGAAAAAAAAUGGUAUCCUACCCUCUGUUCUUGGUAUUAAUUUUAUUUUCUUAUACACUUAGGGUAUUAUACCUGACAACUCUGGGUUAUUACUUUUAAUUCAUGUUUGAAAAUAAUUCUAAUAGGUUGUUUUGUGCCAUAUUCAGAUGUUAGUGUUUUGAAUUGUCAAUAAAGACCUUAUCUUUUUGAAAUUAA